GCUGCGAUUGGCUCGCGGAGGCCGAGGGGCGGGGCCUAUGCGGACGCUGCGCAGAGCCAAAACGCCGGCCGCGAACCACAGUCGUUGCGCAGCCAUGGGGGCUCCCGGGGGAAAGAUCAACAGGCCCCGAACGGAGCUGAAGAAGAAGCUGUUCAAGAGACGGCGGGUGUUGAACCGGGAGAGGCGACUGAAGCACCGGGUGGUGGGAGCUGUAAUAGACGAAGGCCUGAUCACGCGGCACCACCUCAAGAAGCGGGCGUCCAGUGCACGUGCCAACAUUACUCUCUCUGGGAAGAAGCGCAGAAAACUCCUCCAGCAGAUCCGGCUGGCCCAGAAAGAGAAAGCAGCCAUGGAAGUGGAAGCCCCCACGAGGCAAGCCAGGACUAGUGAACUGCAGCCCAAACGGCAAAAGAAGACAAAAGCCCCCCAAGAUGUAGACAUGGAGGACCUUGAAGAUAAGAGCUAAAUCCCCACGCCUCCCACUGGAAGAUUCUCAGCUGGAGCCAGGAGGACUCUGGUUAUUUCGGAGGACUUUGGAGAAGGCAUUGCCCCUUUUCACCCUUCUCAGAUUCCUUUUCCUUAAUGGCCUAGGGAGCUGCCCUGUAGGAAUGCAUCGAGAGGAAGAGAGUGGAGAAGGAAGAUGGGAGACGGGGGUCCUUAACAGUCAGCUCAAUUUGUAAUAAAGCCCUAGACUUCUCACUGA